AUGAACCACCGCCGGCCGCUUCACACCCUCCCCUUCCUCCUCCUCCACCUCCUCCUCUUCCAACCAACCUCCGCCGUCGACUUCGACUUCAACAACUUCAACUCCACCAACUCCUCCUCCAGCCUCUUCCUCUACGGAUCCGCCGCCGUCGAAUCUCAAGUCCUCACCCUCACCAACUCCAACACAUUCACCAUCGGCCGCGCGCUCUACCCGCAGAGAAUCCGCACCAAAACCCCCAAUUCCUCCUAUGUCAACACCUUCUCCACCUCCUUCAUCUUCGCCAUGGCGCCGUACAGAGACGCCCUCCCGGGCCACGGAUUGGUCUUUCUGUUCGUCCCCUUCGCCGGAAUCGAGGGGGCUUCCUCUUCUCAGAACCUGGGCUUCCUCAAUCGCACCAUCGACAACGACCCUAACACUCGAAUCUUCGGCGUCGAGUUCGACGUCUUCGCCAACCAGGAGUUUAGCGACAUCAGCGACAAUCAUGUGGGGAUCGAUCUCAAUUCGCUCACCUCCAGAUUCGCCAACGAGGCCGGAUACUAG